AUGUAUUGCGCAACGAGCAAACGCAGCUUCUCAUCGCGGGCUAUGUGGCGCCGAUCUUCCGUAGCCGUGAUGCUGGGAGGCUUCGCUGGCCACAACGAGAACUUCAUCCUCCCUGUCCUUGCCGACCCCGUUUUUCCCGGAGAAUCAAGCAGCGAUGCCGCAACGCUUUCCGGUGAAAUUAGUACGAUUACGCAUUCCGCUUCUUUCAAACGCUCGAUCGGCGAUCAAGACACAAACCUGGCUAAAACCGUUGGUGAGGCGACUAAGGAAUUGAGCGAAGCUGUCGCAAACGAAAUGUCCUUGGAAGCUUUGAAGAAGGAUGCUUUUGUCUUGGUGCAUUUAGCCGCACGCAAACAGCUGAUGACUGGAGGAUGCGCACGUGAUUUCGAAGCUUGUCCCUCCGGUUUUGAAGCUGCAGCUUCUGGACAGCCAGGCUUUUGUGCCCCUGACGCUUCCUACACGGGCUUCUGCGGACCACGUAACUUCGCAAGCAUGUCCCAAGCUGAGCGAGAUGACUGGGCAUGGCGCUGUGGUGCGUCUUGGCCGUGCAAGAGCGUGAAAGCUAGCUACGAUACUCCGUGUCCGGUCGGAUGGACACCCUCGAGAGACGCUGGAGCGUGUCAGGCGCCCGCCUCCUAUGGAGGCAUUUGCUCGCCGACAACGUCUUUCGUCGAUUGGACUUUGGAGGAGAAAGCAAAGUGGGCAACGCUGUGCGGAGUCAUGUGGUGA